AUGGAGCUUGAAUUAGGACUCAAAAUCACUAAAACAAGAGAUGACAUUACUUCCAUCUCUCAGUAUCAGUUAGCCAAGGAUCGAACCGGACCGGUUUUUGAGUCUAGAGAAACAAACACCAUGUUCAUCCUCAUUGCUCAUCUUAAAGGUUAUAAGAGGAAUAAUAUUGACAUAAAGAUUAGUGAAGAUGGUAGUAAGAUAUCAAUUAGUGGAGAGAAGCCAAUUCAGGAAAUGAUGAUGAUGGGGUGGGUAAUGCUCAAGAAAGAUGUUGAGAUUUCACAGUUCAAUAAGACCUUCAAAAUUCCUGAAGGGGUGGUUUUGGAUCGGAUCAAAGCGAAGUUUGAUGAAGAGGAAUCGAUAUUGAAGAUUGUAAUGCCAAAAUCCUUGAAAGGGAUUUGUGGGGCUAGGAUUGAAGAGAUCAAGGAAGAUGAAUCUGAUGGAGGGAGAUCAGAAUUAGAGAAAAGUGAAGCUGAUCACAUUUUCAACAGCACUGGGGAGACAAGUGAAAGGGGAUUCAGAGAGCCUGAAGUUCGAGAAAUGGAGGACAGUGAAAGUGUUAUGGAGAAGGAACAAGUGUUAUCUGAAAAGAUAGAACAUGAAGCAAUGAAGGAAUCAGACUCAGAGCAAAAUGUAGGUGCAAGUAUCCCACAGAACAUUGUGAAUGCAAGCCAUGAUGAAGAAAGUGUGAGAGAAAAGAGCAAAAAAUCAGAAUGUGAAGCAAUUAAGACAUUGGAACCUGAGCAAAAUGUAGGAAAUCAUAUUCCACAGAGCAUAGGAGAUGAUGAUAGAGAUGAUGUUGAAAAGAUGCUUGAUAAGGCCAAUGGAUUUUCUCAGGACAAGCAUGGAAAGUGGUAUACAUAA